CACCAGUAAUAAACGGCACAUGGAAGAGCAGGAAUAACGCAAUAAUAAGCAGCCUCUAGACGAUUUGUUAAAUGACUCCCCGAACCCCCCAAGCAAGCCACUGGCUGAUUUGCAGUGGCACGGAAGAAAAAAGGCACGAGCGCAACGACGACGACGACGACGACGACGACGACGACGACGACGACAUCAACCCUGCUCUGCUCUGCCCUGCCCUACCCUGCCCUGCCCUGCAACCUCCUCCUACUUUGCUUGCCUGCUACUGGAGCAAGAGCAAGAGCUGGAGCAAGAGCUGGAGCAAGAGCAGGAGCAGGAGCAGGAGCAGGAGCAGGAGCAGGAGCCGGAGCGGGCCGCGACAUACAGAAGCAGCAAGAGGUGCGCGCGCGGGGCGAGGAUCCUUCUUGCCCCUUAUGUAUCAAUCACCAAAUGAGCCCGUCCAUCAAUCCUCUCGAGAGGUGAAACAUUGCUUCUUCUCCAUCUUUCUUCCCCUCCCCCUGCUUUUGGCCGGGCCCUCCCGUCAGGUGUGUUACGGUAUUUCUUCCAUCCUUUAGUCUUGCAGUCGCUUUCCAAACAUAUGCUCCUUCGAACCCUGACGACAGCCGUGCUUCUGAUACACUACAUACACCACACACCCUACACACACUACACCACACUACACUA